AUGACUACUUAUCACCCACAAGCCAGUGGGCAAGUAGAGGUUUCUAGCCGAGAAGUCAAAUCGAUUCUUGAGAAGACCGUGAAUCCAACCCAGAAAGAUUGGAGUGCAAGGCUUGACGAUGCCUUAUGGGCUUAUUGCACGACAUAUAAAACACCUAUCGGUAUGUCACUGCAUCUGUUGGUGUAUGGGAAGCCUUGCCAUCUAUUGGUAGAGUUAGAGCAUAAGGCUUGGUGGGUUGUGAAGAAGUGUAACAUGGACAUGGUUGCUGCAGGACAACAACGAUUACUUAAAUUGCAGGUGUUAGAAGAAAUUCACAAUGAGGCAUAUGAGAGUUCGAAGAUCUACAAGGAGAAGACCAAAGUGUUUCAUGAUAAGCAUAUUCUUCGAAAGAGUCCAUUCAUUGUCACCAAGGUCUUUGCUCGUGGAGCAGUAGAAGUUACAAGCCCAAGUACCAGAAAUUCUUUCGAGGUGAAUGGUCAUAGAUUGAAGCCAUAUUACGAAUCGAUGGAGGAAGAACAAGCUACUAUGAUUCACCUCGUCGAUUUGAAAUAUGUGGAUGAAGAGUGA